UUUAAUCUUUCGCUUUUUUUUCCUCCAUCCCCCCAACUUCUCCUCCCACCAUCACUCUCCCUCAUAUGCUGUCGGCCACUCUUGCACACAGCUGAUUUCGAGGGCGUCCGGGAGAUGAGUGUGAUGAAAUGAAACACUAAUCGCGGAUCGCCUGCACGAACUGCUGCUGGAGCGUCUGCACCCCGCUGCAGUACGGACGCAUCGCAUUUGCAAUUUAUGCAGUUUCGUGUAGUUUUUAUAGGUAUUCAGGUGGAAGCGGCUCGACGUUUUCUACGGUAAAAAAGUAGGUCAUAGGAACCGUAACUUGCUAUCGAGAGGAUUUCUGCUUACAAAGCAGGAUAAGAUCUUUCUGAAAUAAUUAAAGGCACUUAGCGGUACCCGGAUCAUCUGCUGCGGGUAUAUAGUAUUUCUAUAAGAGUCUUGCUCUGACUGGAACAACGCGAAACUUGCUCGAGGCUAGUGCUAGAUGCUAACAAUGCGAUAAUCACUUUAAAUAUCAGACUAAACUGUCAGUUUCGAGCGUCCUUUUGACAAUGGCGUGACUGGCUUGUAAAACCACAGACAUGGAUGCUCUGGAGCAUUUCUUCAGCCGCGCCGUCCGCAGAUGAGUGUGCUGUGCCGGGCGUUAGCUAGCGGCAAUGGCAUCGGCUAGCUAGCUGGCUCCGUGGAGCCCGAUUCAGGCCGGCCGGCUGCCCGUGCGGCGCCGCAGACACAGACUGUGCCUUUCGGGGAGUGUCUCACCCUGAUAAGCCGUGUGGCGACUUUUGAAGAACCGUGGAUGUGCCAUUCGGCUACCUCGCAAGGCUAACUAGCGUUAGCAGUGAUGGGCCAUUGUUUACAUCCGCUGCUUUAGGCUGAGCGGUUAAGCCGCAGCAGACGGCCGUCUUGCAGAAAGGAUCGGCGAGCCCCUGCAUCGUUUUAUCGCUUGUAAUGUACAAAACGUCGGCGUGAUUUGAUCACUGGCUAUUUAAAAUGGCGUUUCACGGUACCAGCCGCCAGUCUGUUUGCGGCAACUUGUUUCCGGGGGCUGAUUUAGGCCACAAAUACUUCUGCGUCAACUCUUCGACCGGCACUACCUCGGCGGGCCUCAGCGCCACCCCGAGCUCGAGUGGGCCCGCUGCGCCAGCCGGAACCCCUCGCCACCCGGCUGCGCUAGGGGGAGGUACGGGGGGAGGAGCCGCUGUUCCACAGCCCCAUAGCAACACCGCUAGCGAAGUGCCGAGCCCCGCUGAAAUGGAGCCAGAUCGACCUAUUGGAUAUGGGGCUUUUGGUGUGGUUUGGUCAGUGACAGACCCCCGAGAUGGGAGGAGAGUGGCUCUGAAGAAGAUGCCUAACGUCUUCCAGAACCUGGUGUCUUGCAAGAGGGUCUUCAGGGAGCUAAGGAUGCUCUGCUUCUUCAAACAUGAUAAUGUUCUGUCAGCCCUUGAUAUUCUUCAGCCUCCCCAGAUUGACUGCUUUGAGGAAAUCUAUGUCAUUACGGAGCUGAUGCAGAGUGACCUCCAUAAGGUCAUUGUGUCCCCACAGCCGCUCACCACAGACCAUGUGAAAGUUUUCCUUUACCAGAUACUCAGAGGGCUCAAGUACCUGCACUCUGCUGGAAUCCUGCACAGAGACAUUAAACCUGGGAACCUUCUGGUCAACAGCAACUGUCUUCUAAAGAUAUGUGAUUUUGGACUGGCCCGGGUGGAAGAACCGGACCCAUCUCGUCACAUGACCCAGGAGGUGGUGACACAGUACUACCGGGCCCCAGAGGUUCUUAUGGGCAGCCGGCACUACAGCGCAGCUAUCGACGUCUGGUCCGUGGGCUGCAUUUUCGCUGAGUUGCUGGGACGGCGUAUCCUGUUUCAGGCCCAGACCCCCAUCCAGCAGCUGGACCUCAUCACAGAUCUUCUGGGCACACCCCCUUUGUCUGCCAUGGCAUCCGCCUGCGAGGGGGCACGGGCACAUAUCCUGAGGGGCCCCCAGAAACCGCCUUCUCUGUCAGUCCUGUACAUGCUGUCCGAUGGUGCUACCCACGAAGCCGUUCACCUGCUGUGCCGAAUGCUGGUCUUUGAUCCUGCCAAGCGAAUUUCCGGCAGUGAUGCCCUAUCGCACCCCUACCUGGAUGAGGGUCGACUGCGCUAUCACACCUGCAUGUGCCAGUGCUGCUACUCGGUGCCCAGUGGGCGGGUCUACACGCGUGACUUUGAGCCGUCGGCCGAACGGCCCUUCAGCCACAGCUACGAACAGAGCCUGCUCUCCGUGUGGCAGGGAAAAGAGCUCAUCCACCGCUUCAUCACAGAGCACCAGCAGGGCAAACGUGUCCCCCUGUGCAUCAACCCCCAAAGCGCCGCCUUCAAGACCUUCAUCAGGUCCACAGCUUGGCAUUCCUCCAAAGUAUCCAGGAAAGAAGAGAGAUGAAGGGGGGCAGUUAGGGAGCAGAGGAGUGGGAAAUGAUGAUCAGAAGGAUGGAUGUGAAAUAAGACUAACUACUUUUUGUGCUGCUUCUGCCACGAAAGUGCACAGCUCACUGAACGGACAAGCUCAGCAUCUGGACUUGGAACUGAACCGAGUGCAGGGACGCCAGGGCCAGCGUGCCAGAACUGGAGCGCAGUGCUGGGGCCACUGGCCACUCUCUGAACUCCGCUUUGACCCCCUUUUACUCGCUGAAGUGUGAUUUGUAAGCAACCUGUGCUGCGAGUGGCACAGUCCUUUGUUGUGCUGUGUGCUGCUGUACCUGCCGCCUGUGCGUCACCCCAUGGCCAUCUGGCAUGUGACGUGGAAGACCAUGACACGACUGUGCUUCCAUGUGCUGUGCUGAUGUUUCAGGGCUGCAUUUCUCCAUCUCUGCUUUCUGGCUCAUUUCACUGAUUAAAUUUGCCACUCGUUGAGAGACGUACUGUUUUGAGAAAGGGACUCUCUAAAUCUGUGUGACAGAUUUAAAGGGGAAGUUUUUCAAAUGGAGCAUUGGGGAGUGGCUGAUCACUGGUGUUCACUGUGCUGACAUGCAUCUGAGGGUCCUGUGGUUUAUUCUUAACACUGUUUAGUUGACUUGGCAUAACUUGUCAGGCCAUCUUGUAUCCUGGAGUGAGACCUCUGCUAGUUUGGUUUUUAUAAUACGUUUUCUUUUGCUCUCUAAAUUUAGUUGUAGGCUAUGGUUGUGGCCAUGUGUUUUAAUGUUAAAUUAUACAUUCAUGUAAUCGAAGUCCAAUGAAAGCAUUCUGAUAUACUGUGCUGUUCGUAUUAUUUUGCUGACAUAUAUUGAACUCCGUUUGUUCGGUAUACGGAGGUAACAUUUAAUUUGUGUGUGUGUGUGUGUGUGUGUGUGUGUGUGUGUGUGUGUGUGUGUGUGUGUGUGUGUAUAAAGCAUAGGAGAACAUACAGCACAAAACUGCUGUGAAUCUUGUCAUUACCUCAAAGCUCACGGGAUCAAACAAAAAAACCUCCAAGGAGACUGGCUUGUAUAUGCAAUACUGGUCUUGUUCUGUACUGUACUGUAAUAUACGCUGUGCUGAGCUACACUGUACUGUAAGGCUUCACUCUCCCUGACGCUGAAGAUUAGAGGAGCCACAGUGACAACAGGAAGCCCGCAGGGGGAAACGGGUGGAUGAGAUGAUGGAAAAUGCUGCUGACUGUUCGUUUGUGGCCUGGGUUACAGGGCUCCUCUUCCCCAUUGCAGAAUUUGGGCCAGGUGCACAUGGCUGUCCGCAAAUGCGCCUGGGCGAGCUAACCUGUUUAUUAAGGACCUUACCAGCCAUCAUCAGCUGGUGGGGGAUUGAGGAAAUUUUGCAUGUCAUGCUGCUGUGAAAACAGCACUGGACUCCAUUCCCCACCAGAGGGGGUUAUGGGUAAAGUGUUCUGAUACUGAACGCAAACAUUUUAUACAACUACCCUUCUUCAGAAGGAUCUCCUAACAGUUUAAUUUGGCAGGUGUGCAAUUGGAGUUUUAGCUAUGAACCUUCUAUAGGAUGUGAUUUAAUUAUUUCAGAUAUUUGUACAUUUUUUUGUUAGUUUUAGUUUGUCUGUGAAUCUGUAAUUUCAGUUUUGUGAGCAGUUUUGAUUUUGAUUGGUUAUCCUACUUUGAUAUUUUGUAUGUGGGUGGGGUGGGGGGUGAGUUCAGAAGAAGAUGGGAGAGUGUGUGUGUGUGUGUGUGUGUGUGUGUGUGUGUAUGAGUGGGGGGGGGGAGAAAGUGGCAUAAAGGGGAGACUCAAGUUUUAGAAAUGACCCUAGAUGUGACACUUUUUGUUUCCUUGAAGAACCUGAUAGUUGUGUUAAGAUUAUGAAUCUGAUAAUGGACACUGUUUUUAAAUGUUCUUGAUAUUUUCUGUCUUGCCAUGUAAACAUUGUUUUGCUUGUUUUAUCAACAAAUACUUGAAUUUCUUAAGGAAAGGAUUACAGAGUGAAGUAGUAAAUAAAAAGAAUAGACGGAGAAGACUCUAA